ACUGUCUAAACUUCGUUGAUUAAUCCAACAGAGCAUCAAAAGGAAACUGCAGCGACAGGGUUGCCAGUUUCAAUACUUUUUCCUCUAUAAAUUAACCAUGCACGAAGCUGCAGCCAAGCACAUUUCUGCAUCUGUUCAACUCAUCAAUUCACGGUUUCCACCCAAUUUGCAACAGUAGUCUACUAUCCUAGAGCUGGAAAUGGAUGUGAAAAGCAAGAUUUUGAUCAUUGGGGGCACUGGAAACAUCGGGAAAUAUUUAGUGGAAGCGAGUGCAAAGGCAGGGCACCCAACGUUUGCAUUGGUCCGAGAAAGCACAAUAUCAGAUCCUAAAAGGGCAGUUAUCAUAGAGAGUUUCAAGAGUUUGGGAGUCAUAUUUCUUCAUGGAGACCUACACAAUCAUCAGCAGUUGGUAAAUGCAAUCAAACAAGUUGACAUAGUGAUCUCUGCAGUCGGGGGAGAUUUGGUAGCUCAUCAAGUUAAGAUUAUUGAAGCAAUUAAAGAAACUGGAAACAUCAAAAGAUUUUUACCUUCUGAAUUUGGGGUUGAUGUGGAUCGUGCGCAUGCUGUUGAGCCAGCUGCUAGCUUAAACAGGACCAAGGUUGAGAUCCGCAGAGCUAUUGAGGCAGAAGGGAUACCUUACACUUAUUUAGUAUCUAACGGAUUUGCUGGUUACUUGAAUUAUAUCCUCAACAACUUUGGAGACUCUUUCUGUGCAAGUCCUCCCAGAGGCAAAAUUGUGAUUCUUGGCGAUGGAAAUCCAAAAGUUGUUUUCACCAAGGAAGAAGACAUUGCUGCAUACACCAUCAAAGCAGCAGAUGACCCAAGGACUCUGAACAAGAGUGUGUACAUUACACCCCCUGCCAACACCUUGUCCUACAACGAAAUAGUAUCAUUGUGGGAAAAGAAAAUUGGCAAGACCCUCGAAAAGAUCUACGUUCCAGGGGACGAAGUUCUUAAGAAAAUUCAAGAGGCUUCAAUGCCAUUAAAAUUGCUCCUGUCUUUGGCAUACACAUUUUUCGUGAAGGGAGAAAUAGCCAACUUUGAGAUCAAGGCUUCUUUUGGCAUGGAGGCAACGGAGCUCUAUCCUGAUGUUAAAUACACCACACUUUAUGUCAGAUCUUUGAGUAUUCUAAAUGCUGAAGGUUCUGAAAGUUUGGAUGUGAAUAUGUCAGCUAAGAAGAGGAGAAUAUCUGUAAGUACAGAGGAGGAACUUGGCAACAGUUUGGAGAGGAAAGAUGCGGCCGAUGACUUUGGAGAACCUGGUAAAUGCACAGAAAACUCUUACUCGCUCCUUCCAGAUUCAGUUAAAGAUAAUAUAAGUCACACUGAAACAAAUAAUACACUUUCGCUAGUCAAGUUGACCAGGAGUGGUUUACUCCUCUUCAUCUUUCCUAAGGGGGAGCACCCUGCCAUUGUUGAUAUUGUGCAAAACAUCAUUCAGUUGCGGGAAAGUGGGAGCCUAAAGUCAGCACAAUGGUGCCACCGUAUAUUCCCUAUCCAAGCCACUUGUAGGUUAGAUGAGAAGGAAGUACACUCUAUAGUGUCAAAGCUAGUCAAUCAGUUUCUGAAAGAUAAAAAGAACAAAGUUAUGCAGCCAGUAAAGUUUGCAGUUGGGUACAAUAGAAGAGGAAUUGAGGAAAUUGAGAUGAAGGAUGUGAGAGUAACUUCAAAUGGUUCCAAAAUAUCUGCUCUCUUAGACCGUGGCAAAUGUUUUAGCAUUGUGGCAGCUGCUGUUAAAGAUGCUGUUCCAGAUUCAAUUGUAGAUCUGAAGUGCCCUGAGCUUGCUGUGCUGCUUGAGGUUCUGCCACUCUCUGGGAUUCCUAAUGAGAGUGUGGUGGUUGGUGUGUCAGUUCUUCCACAAAUGCUUUUUAGUUCAAAACCACGUCUGUGUGUCAAGGCCUUGGUAAAAGGAUGCUAGGUCCAAUGCUGGGAAGAGAGGUUAAUGAUGAUAACCUUGUUUGUGAUGAUAAUCUCCACAAGCAAAGGUGAAGUGAGCAUUCUGUGUUACUCAGAAAGAUGGUGCCGCGUUUGCUACUGCAGAAAUUAAUGCGAUGACGGAUCAAAAUGUAUAGCUACUUGAAGAUGGAUAGUGCAUAUCCCAGCAACUCAAGCUUCCCUGUAAACAGACCAUCCCACAGAAACAUAAAAGAGAGUAGCUCUUUUCUUACUAAUUGCUCUUAACUGGAAACUCCUGGUGGUUAUACUUGGAUAUAAUCAGGAUGCUCUAAUAUAGCUAACUGUUGGGAGCUAUGAUACAAUUAACAUAAAUUGUAUUAGUUAUGUUAGCACCUUGUUGGAGAAUCGGGUAACAGUGAUCAAGGUAUCUUUGUUAAAUUAGAAUAAGGAUUCAGUUA